UUCAGUUUGAUUUGGGCAACUGAACAAGAUUGGUUGUUGUUGUGUGUUAGGAAGAACGCUCGCUGUUGCACUUUUCGGCACAUUUUUUUCUCACAGUGUCUGUGUGUUUUUAUGAGUGUUGAUUACCCUCCCAAAAAAAAAAAAGUUUUCCUUCUGAAGAAAAUUCAUUGAAUUUUCAGGAAUUUUUCUGUAGCAAAGAAAAUUCCAUUUUUUAUUGCAUAUUGUGUGUUGAAGAAAAUUCUGAACAUUGUGAAUGGAGUAAGAACACGAGAGAGAAGAACAACGAAGACUCUGAAGAAUUUACACGAGAGAGUGCCUUCCACCCUCGUUAAAAGACUUUUACAUUGAAAAUAAAUUUUAUUUUUUGAAAGAACAAAUUAUUCAAAAACGAUCAAAAAAACAGUGAAAAGUGGAGAGAAAAUCGAGGAAAAGUGUUUGAUAAAUUCUUUGCAAAAAAAUCUGGAUAUGAACAUGGAAACAUUCUACGAUAUUGGCAGUGGAGACCUGAGAGAACUCUGGGAGUCAGACUUGGAUCCGGCAAUGCAGGAUGCAUUAAAAUUAUCAUCAGGAGAUCCAGAAUUGAGUGAUUGGUACUUGGAUAAGGAUAUAAAAAUGCCCCAAGUUAUCCUGCAUGAUAAAUUAAUGACAGACGCCCUGGGGACACUUCCAAUUAAAACUGAACAUUCCUACAGUCUCAACUCAGAUGGGGAUUCCUUGCCAGAUUCACCAGGAAGUCUGCACAAUAAAAUGGAUGACAUGGACGAUGAAUGUUAUCCCGCCAUAACAAUGAACACAGCAGCUUUAAGUACACGAACAACGCAGUAUCGUGCAGUUAAUUCGCAAUUUAUCAGCUCAAUGCAAAAUAGCUGCAGCAAUGAUUCCGAAUCCGCCACCAGCUCCCUGUCCGAAGACAUUGACAUAGAUGAUCAUGCAAUUAAGGAUGAACCAAUGUCACCGGCCACCAGUAGCAACCCACCCAGCCCCGGUGAAUGCACGAAAACAACAAUAAAUACCCAUUUAUCCAAUAUUGCCGCUAUAACCAACACAGACCUCGUCUUUGAGCACAAAAAUGGUUCCCUGCAGCUUUCACAUGCAUCCCAGAGCCUUCUCAAGGGGCACCACCUGCCUUCACAUCAAGUCAAUCAGAGAUUAAUAAUGCCAAAGGUGAAGCUGGAGGCACAGGCGCCCUUUGGUCUACCACCCACCCCGCCCUCAUCGCUCAGUAGCGACGAUUCCGAAGGGAAUCUCAGUCCAGACCAUCCAAUGUCCCCGCAGACAACACACGCAGUUACCAGGAGGUCUGGUAUUGCCACAGCAUCAGCCGCCAUUGCUAGUGCGUCGAAAGUUUAUUCAGGAGUCAGUACAAGGCAGCCAAUCACAACGCCACUCAUUAGUACGCAACCGAAGGGUUCAACUGGGACACUAAUCCUAACUGAGGAAGAGAAACGAACCCUCCUUGCUGAGGGUUACCCAAUUCCAACACGCCUUCCCCUCACGAAAGCCGAAGAGAAGUCUCUGAAGAAGAUUAGACGAAAAAUUAAGAAUAAAAUUUCUGCUCAGGAAAGUCGUCGAAAAAAGAAAGAGUACAUGGAUCAGCUCGAGAGACGAGUUGAGAUACUCGUAUCUGAGAAUUCAGAGUACAGAAAACGCGUUGAGAACCUCGAGGGCUCCAAUGCGAACCUCAUGAGUCAACUAACCAAACUUCAAGCUCUCAUCAAUCGGCAGAAUAAGAAGUAAAAAAAAAUUUUAAGUAUAAGAAAAACAAUUUUAACAUACAAAAAAAGCAAUGGGGAUGAAGUCAAAAACAUACAAAUAAUCUUUCCCCCCAGAGAAGCUUCAGCAUUUUAUUGUGUAGGGUUCGUUAGGGACAAGAAUUAAAAAUUAUUGUGUGUGAAAAAUAAAAGAAAAUUAAAUAUACGAGGAUAUAUUUUUGUGAAUAACAUUUUUAUAGAAUAUUCAAUAAAUAAAAAUUUAUAGGGUUUUGUGCGAUAAAUGGGUGUCACACCUGAGAAAAACGCUAACUGCCAAGAAAUUUGAAUAUAAAAAUUAUUUGUCAAACUGACAGCAAUGAAUGGAAUGUCAAAUUUAAAUGUCAACAUACAAAAGUCAAAUGUAAACGUCAGUUUAAUUCAUCCAAACGGAGCUCAAAAUUACUGUCAAUGUGACAUUAAAAUAAAUGUCAAAUAGAAACAUCAGUUAAAUUUUAAAUGUAAAAACAUUAAAACCUUCCAGAAAAAGUUGUAGAAUGAAAAAAAGAAAUUACUUUCAGGUGUGAUAAUUCAAUUCUCAGGCUUCUUAUCCUCUCCCAUCUCUACACCACAUUUUUUUCUUUUAUUUUAAUUUUUAUAAUAUUUUAUUUGCAACACGAAACAUGGACGCUAAAUUGUGUGCAAUAUAAUGGUAGAUAUAUUGUUACAUCAAAUGCUAAAAGAAAAGAAAAAAAUAAAAUGUGCCUGUAGAGAUUAAAAGGGAAAUUGACGGGAAAUCAGUAAAGAGCGAAAUGACAGGAAAUUUUUUUGGGUUUUAAUUCCUCAAUGAUUUUGCAUAGAAUUUUUACUGCUUUUUAACGUAAUUUUAUAUAGGGUGUAUGUAUAGAAAAACCCAAAAGAGAGAAAACUGAAAAAACGGUGCCUUUUUCUCCCAAAAAAUUUACAAAAAAAUAUGCGAGAGAAAGAUAAAUAUUUUGAAGAUUAAAUACUUCCUAAACUUUAUAAGAAAAACAUUUAAAAAAAAUAUAUAUUUUAUAGAAAUAUUAAAAAAAAUUAUUUUGUGGGAUUCAAAAGAAUUGCCUCAUUUAUACUAAUUAGAAAUACCUACUAGAAAGGAUAUAUAAUGUGCAUUUAAAUUAAAAAUAUAAAAUAUAUUUUCUCACGAAUUACUUAAACAAAAAAAAAUUAAGACAAAAUAUUCAAAUUAUUAGAAAAUGAUUUUAAAAGCAAAAAUAUUUUUUUUAAAGUUAUUUACCUUUUAUAUUUUAUUUGUUUUUCUUUUCUAAGGGUUUUAGCACCAUUCCAUAAUUAAAAGACUUAAGAUUUAUUUUUUUUUAUUGAACAUUAUUAUUAUCUACUUUAUUGCAUAAAUUAUUUCAGUUUGUUGUUUUAUUUUAUUUUUGUCCCGUAAUGGAAAUAAUGUUUCUGUUUAAUUAUUUUAUUUUAUUUUUCUCAUUUUUCAAUCCGCCAAAAUUGUGCAAUUUGGAAGACAUAAAUAUGUUGGUGAUAAAAAAAAGUAAGAGAAGAGAAAGUGCCGAAAUAUUUUAUUUUUUAAAUGGACCAUGGAAGUCUUCCUUGAAAAUCUUUAAAGUUUUAAUUAAAUAAUAUAUAUUUUUUCUUUUACAUUUUAUAUGAGGAUAUAUAAUUUAUUAAAGAAUAGAGAAAAUCAAAUUGUAGCUAAAUGACUGAUAUUACGGCACUUUAUUUUAAUAUAUAAAUAUUGUUAAAUUUUUCUCUGUGAGAAGUGAAGGUGCGCAAGAAGAAAAAGUUCUUUUUUAUCGGGAUUUACAAACAAAAAAGAAAAGGUUAAGAAACGAAUUUUAUUACUAAAUAAAAAUUCAAGGUAAAAUGAAUAAUUUUUUGCCAAUUUGAUUUUUUUUACAACUAAACAAUAAGAAAUUCAGGCAAAACUAUAACCAUAAAAAUCAGCAGUUAAAGGGCAUAUAAAUAGGAAAUAAAAGGUUUCACUGCUAAAAAAAUUAUUUGUUUAGUUCAUAAAAGAACCAACAUGCUAUAAAAAUUUAAAAAGUUUCUUUUGAUCUAUUCUGGACUACUUAGAAACCUAUAAAAACAAUAAAGAUCAAAAGCUUUAAGGAAUAUUGAAAUUGGUUAUUUGCUAUAAAAUAAAUUUUCCCAUAAUUUGAAUUAUGAUGAUUAAUAAUUUGAUUUGAAUUUUGUACUUGAUCACAGAAAAAAUAUCUGAUGACUUUUUCGAGUAUUCGUAACCUCCUUUUAAUCUAAAAAUUGAUCUUCUGAAAAUGUCCAUAAUUAUCAGUUACAUUUGUUCCUAUAAAAUUAACAAAUUGCUUAAAAAUAUUCCUUUUUAGAAUGUAUGUAUUUAAAAAUAUUAGUAACAACCGAAAUUGCUUUAAAAAAUUAUAAAAUGAACACUCAACGUUGCUAUAAAAAUUCCUAUAAAUGUUUACGAUGCUUAAAUGUUUACGAUUUCCUAUAAAAUUGCAUUUUAUAGCAGCAAAUUUUCAUUUGCUAUAAAAUUGUAAUUUAUAGAAAAAAGUUUAAUAUUGCAACUUAAAGCGGAAUUUUUGUAUGCUAAACUAUAUAAUUUUUACCUAUAAAAUUGCAUUUUAUAGCUAAUUGUUUGAAUUUUAAUGUUAAUACUAAGAUUUUUUUUAUAUAUUAAAAACUCUUUAAAUUACCCGAAAGACAAAUAUCUUCUGCGCCCUUUUAUUUUUCAUAAACAAAUAAAAAGAGAAAAGAAAUAACAAAAAUAUAGCAUUUUAAAAAAAAAAAAUAAAUUUAGGAAUUAUUAAUUGAAAAAAAAAAUUUAAUCUAUCAAAGAUUAUUAUUAAAUUAAUAUUUCAAAGAUAGAUAGAGCUACUAAUAUAAAAAAUUCCGUAGUUGUUAAGUAAAUAAACAAUUUAUUUUUAGAGAUAAUUAAAAGAUAAUUAUCAUUUUUUGAAAUAAAAGAAAUAUAAAAAUAAUUUUUCUGUAACGUUUUGGUUACGUCAUUUAGAGGUUAUAAACAAAGGUUAAAACUUAACUCAAUUUAUGAUUUUUUUGCGAGAAAAACUUUAAAUAAAUAUUUUAUUAAAAACAAUUGUAUAUUUUUGUACACGUCGAAACCAACUAUGCAUUAUAUUAUUAUUAAUUUUAUUGAUUAAUUUAAAAGUAAAUCGUAAUUUUUUUUGUCUUAUGUUACCUUUUUUCUGCAAUUAAAACAAGAAACUUUCUUGCAUUGGUGUGAGCUGCUAUACUGCAUUCAAACCAACCUUGCACUGAAGCCCUGCCUUUGCAUAAAACAUUUUUCAAAAGAAAUUUAGAAGAAUAAAAAUUGAUGAAUGAAAUGUAAAUGAAUAAGAAGAAGAAUAUUUGAAAGAAGAGCUGAGAUUGGUUGAAUAUUUUCGGACAAAGCAUUCUCAUUGGCUAUCGCUCUCUUACGUCACGGCGGCGGAGCUUCAGUGCGGUGUUAAUUUAAAAUGAAAACAAAAGAAUGUUUUAAGAUGAGUCACACUGCAAAAAAUCGUGUGGAUGUUUUUUCAUUGAUGAGAAAGAUUUUUUAGAAGAGAAAAUUUACUUGAUAUUCAAUUCUUUUCUCCGUCCUGGCGGGAGAAAAUAUUAUUUUAUUAUUAAUAUUAUUAUUUUAUGUUGUAGUAGUAUGAGAAGAAAUUGAAGGAUGAUAAAGAAAAAAAACUGUUUAUGGUUGAUUUAACAUGAAGUUGAAAACGAAAGAAAAGAAAUGAAAAAUAACAACUCAAUUUUAAACGAUAAAA